CAAUGAAGGGAUCUGGUGCCUGAGUGCGCAAACCAAGUCAGUUUCAUGAUAUGGUUGAGCAGUUGUGAGGCUACAGGUGGAAGGAACUGAGACGCGGAUAAUUGAUGGAUACCUGCUUGGGUUUGGAGGCUGUACUUUUAGAGGGGGAGGACAGCAAUAAGGGAGGAGGAGGCACAAUGCUUCUAUCUAUUGCUGGAAAGGCUGUGAAGGGGGAGCCAGCUCACAAGUGAGCAUCUUGGAGCCACCGGAGGAAAGAAGACGGGCGGUCUCUGAACAGCACAGUGUCUCCGCUCAUCGUUUCACACAUUCGCUGUGCUGUGGAGUUAGAAAUGUAGUACCAUUUGCCUGCUGCAUUAUGAUAGUUACCCUUCUGGAAACAUGUGCGGAAGAUGGCAUAGCAACGGAUCCCACCUUCCGCCACCAAACUGGAGCCCCCCUGCGCACCGCAGCCGGACCAAUGUGACGCUCUUUGUUUGGGGCUGAAGGAGCCGGUCCACCGCUUACCCCAUUCUCUCCUAAUUCAUGAGCCAGCAGGAUGUGGUCGCCGUGCUUUCAGAACGCCUUCUCAUAGCCGCGUACAAAGGGCAAGUGGAUAAUGUUGUGCAGCUGAUCAACAAGGGUGCCAAGGUAGCCGUUACCAAGCAUGGGCGGACACCUCUCCAUCUCGCGGCUUACAAGGGCCAUCUCCAUGUUGUCCAGAUUUUGCUCAAAGCAAACUGUGAUGUGGAUCUUCAGGAUGAUCCCUUAUUGGAAUCCUGAUGCCAUCUCUGAUUGGUCAAUGAGUGCUCACACAGCACAUACCUCAGAAAUAGUCAAGGGAACUGUGGCCCUGGUAAAAGAAGUCAAGGAAGAGAAAAAUAAGAAAAAGCAGAGGAGAAAGGCUAGAAAGGAUCCUAGAAGAUUGCAAAGAGAGAAGGAGGGUGAUCAAACAGCUUUGCAUCGAGCUACAGUUGUAGGGAACACAGAUGUAAUAACCACUCUUAUCCAUGAAGGAUGCUCUUUAGACAGACAAGACAAGGAUGGGAAUACAGCUCUUCAUGAAGCCUCUUGGCAUGGUUUCAGUCAGUCGGCCAAACUCCUUGUUAAAGCAGGAGCCAAUGUUCUGGCCAGAAACAAGGCAGGUAACACGCCACUGCACUUGGCUUGCCAAAACAGUCAUUCGGAAAGUGUUCGAGUCCUACUGCUUGGAGGUUCCCGGGUUGAUAUCAAAAACAAUGCAGGAGAUACCUGUUUGCAUGUCGCAGCUCGUUACAAUCACUUACCCAUCAUUAGGCUACUCCUCAGUGCUUUCUGUUCAGUCCAUGAAAAAAACCAGGUUGGCGAUACAGCACUCCAUGUAGCUGCUGCGCUAAACCAUAAGAAGGUAGUCAAACUGCUGUUGGAGGCAGGAGCUGAUGGGACAGUAGUUAACAAUGCUGGUCAGACCCCGCUUGAAGUUGCACGUGAACACAACAAUGCUGAAGUGGCCCUUUUGCUCACAAAGGCCCCGCAGGUGUCACGCUUUAAUCGUGGAAGAAGCUUGAGGAAGAAGAGGGAGAGACUCAAAGAAGAGAGACGUGCUCAGUCUGUACCAAGAGAUGAAGUGGUACAAAGCAAGGGCAGUGCCUCGGCUGCUGAUGACACCAACAGCAGUGAUCCAGCCCCUCAAGGGAGAAAUAACUUGAAAGAUGACUCCCAGCUGCCUUUGUCCGAGCUCCGAGGGAGGAAGAGCAAAAAGAAGAAACCAAGGGAAAAGGUUUCAGCACUCUCUGACCCCACAUCCCCAGCUGACCAGCAGAUGCCUUCUGGCCCACACCAGAACUUGCCAAAACGUAGGAGCAAGCACCGCUGCUCAUCUCCACCGCCACCCCAUGAAUUCAGAGCAUAUCAGCUGUAUACACUUUAUCGUGGGAAGGAUGGGAAAAUCAUGCAGGCACCAAUAAAUGGAUGUCGUUGUGAACCGCUGAUAAAUAAAGUAGAGAACCAACUGGCAGCUGCUGUGGAAGAAAUCAAAGCUGAGUUUGUAUCAGUACAGGAUAAGAUGAAUAGCAAACUAGGACAGAUGGAAAACAAAACACAACACCAGCUCCGCGUUUUAGACAAAUUAAUGGCGGAGAGGCUGUCAGCAGAAAGAACAGAGUGCCUUCAUCGCCUUCAGGAGCACACGGAGCUGGAAAAAGCUGAAGGGGAGAAACGCCAGUUGUCUUUGGUGGGGGAACUGAAAGCCUGGUGCCUGUUAAAACUUCAGAAUCUAGAACUGAAGCUUUCUGGAGAUUCCAGAUCUUCAAGGCCCAAGUCAACUCUGUCCACCUGUGAAUCACUCACCGAGACUUUGGAUACCGAAAACCUUCCUAGUACAAAAGACUGCAAAGCUAGCCAACCUCACCUGCAGUGUGAUGGGUCCCAGCAGCAUUCCUGCCUUGCUCUCCAGAACCCUCUGCCUGAAGACCCUGGGAGGGGAAGGCUGCCAGCCACAGAACAGAGCUAUGGGAAGCAAUAUUUUGUUGCUCAUCAACCCACCACCUCAGGAACUGAGCAACAGUUAGUUGGUGCUGCUCCACCUCCUUCUGGAGCUUCUCCGCAAGUCGUCCGACCAAAGGACAAAGCAGGAUUAAGCAGGUUGCAACAAGAACUGCCACCGCCAGAAUACUCAGGUUCCAGAUUAAGGCAUGUCAAGGUACAAACUGCUGCACAGGCCUUCGCCGACUUUGCCAAGGCAGAGUUGCAAUCUGGCUGCUUGAUAGAUAAAGGGACUCAAACAAAGAAGGGGACCAGAAAUGGCCAGUUGAAGCACAGAGCCCACCAACAUGGAGGGACUCACCUUGGGCAGCCCUUGCCAACCCAUCCUGCACCACCUUCUGCCUCAGGGGGCAAUGAGCCCAGCCCAAAGCUUGCAGGCACCUCUCAGGCCCUGGAAAUCACUCAGUACUUCUUUGAGGCGGUGUCCGGUCAGAUGGAGAAGUGGUACGAGAGGAAGAUUGAGGAAGCGCGGAGUCAAGCUGAUCAGAAAGCCCAAGAAGACAAAGCAGCCCUCAAAGAACAUAUAAAAGGUUUAGAAGAAGAACUGUAUAAACUGAGGACUAAGUUGCAGAAAGACAAGUAGCCUUGGUUCUUGUUCCUGCAAAGACUCUGGGAGGACUGCAAUUUUUCACAAACAGCAAUUAAGCUAAUUUGGGGAGGGAUGGAAUGGGGAGAGAUGGGAGGAUUACGCUGCACCAUGUUUCAAUGGUCUGUGGCCUUCCAAGAUGGUGAAGACUGUAUUUGGAAUCUAGAUCUCUUUUCUAAAAUUAGCACUUCUUUUCUGUUGGGUCGGCAAUGAAUGUGUAACCACCAUGGUUAUGUAUGCAGUGACUUGUAAACAUCCCACUUACUAGGCACCAGCCACUGUGAUUAACAAGGUCUGUUCCCCUGUGGCUUAGGAUUGUUUCCACUCCUUGACAUAAGCAAUCUCCGUUGUGACAAAGAGAAAUGAGAUACCUGCCACAAUUCCCCCCUUGCUCCAUGAUACCAUGCAUAAAUAGAAACCUCCAUCUUCUGCUUCUGAAUUGACAGGGGAACAGAUCCCUGUCGAUUGCAGCAGCUACUGCCUGGUAACUGAGGGUUGGGGUUUUUUCGUGAUCCCUACAUAUUACAUCAGGGAAUAUGUUCAGAUCAUGAAUAUGAAACAGUCACAAAUGUGUAACUGUAGAUUACACAUUCAUAACUGCCCAAGUGAAUUUCAGACAUGUUUAUUUUAUCAUCCUAUAGCGUGCCAGAUGUGAUAGCAAUUCUGUGUAGGAUGUCCUUGCGUGACCUACUUCUGCCCAUGAUAGUUCUAAGGAUUAGUAACACAGUAACACCCCUUUCCUCCCAUCUAAUGCCUGUGCCAUUUUAUAAAUAUUUUUGAAGUUUUAUUUAAUCUUUUUUUAAAAAAAGCUGUGCAUUCCCUUGUUAAGCCACUUAAUUUCUGGAGUGCUCAUGUAUCCUCUUGCAAAUUAAAAGUAGUAAGUGGCCAAACCUAGCUAGACUACCUCUGUCCAAGCCUACACUGCCAUUUAGUGACUCCUUUGUGCUUCUCUACCUUGAUCCAGCUAGGGCUAUAUGGGUGCGGAAACUGGCUCUUCUGCACAUAUCAUUGUCUGUAAUAGGCUGGAAGUGGUUCCCAACCUCAAGCCACCCGUUUGUGCAGCCAACAUGAUUCUCUAUCAAGACACAAUCUUGUUGUUGAAUCUAUCGCAACAAUUGGCUGUAAAUAGCAUAGCUGGCAUCCUGCAUUGCAGUGAUGGAUCUGUAGCUACAAUACAAAUUACUCACUGAAUCCUCCCUUAAACUACAGGAGCCACUCUGAGCAGUGCAGGUCCAUAGAAGUCAAAUUGGUGCUUCAAAAAGAUGCAGUAGCUCCUUCCUGUCCUUGAACUGAACUUCUCAUUGUAUUGUUGGCCAGGGUGGGAUGGAGCUCUUUGCACCAUCCUGAUAUGCCCCCCUCAACCAUGCCACAGACGGAUGCUCAGAGCAGCUUAUUGGAGUUUAAAUGGGAUUUAAGGAAUUGAAUCCUUAGGUCAUUUGCAGCUAUGUUUACAUAACUGGAAUUGCAAUGUAAGACACCAGCCCAUGAUUUUAAAUAGUAAAGAUCAGAUGAUCUGUGGGCUGGAUUCAGUGCCUAAAGCACUCCUACAUCAACCACAAUAUCCUUACUAAAAAUUUGGCUAAGUCAUCAUUACAGGUUUGCCUGUUUCACAGUAAAGGGAAAAAAUAAAAUGUUUUCCAGUUGUACAAAACUCUUUACCACUGCUUUAAUUCCUUGUCUCUUUUCUGUUUGCUAAUACAUAAAUGUGUGUUUCUAUCUA